AUCGCUAGUGAAUGACGUCAUAGCGUUACGAAGAAAACUGUUUAGAAUGUGAAGCGUUUCAGCUGUUUGUGGGACAAGGGAUAUGAAAUUAACUAUUGCAUCAGCCGUCGUGUUUGUCUUCGUGCUUACUGUCAGUCAUGUUACAGCAGGGAAAAAGCGAGGUUAUGGUUUAUCAGACACUGUCUGUUUGAGACCUGGAAUCCGAGGAAAGAAAUCAAAACUACUAUGUGAAACAUUUGAACAUAUACGGUCAGGAUUAGGCUGGUUUCGACCAGAUGGUAAAUUGGUAGCCUAUUGUACCCGUAAUCAUACAUCCUGUUCGGAACACUGGGACUUCCAAGGCCAGUACACUUCUGUGAUCGUUACGCCUACUCAAAAUAUUUUGGUAAUAGAGUCAUUCAAUCCAGAUACUGACAGUGGUGUAUGGAUCUGCAAGGAUCUGUGGAGGGAAGCACCAUUUUCAUCAUGUAUCAAGGUAGACAGAGAAAAUGUGACGGUAAAGUAUAGUUAUGCUUCGACAUCUAUUUGCUGCAUGAAACCCGGAAUCAAAGGACAGAGAGCAGAACUAGGGUGUGAGAUAAAUGGCAAUACAUGGCUUGGAAUAGGCUGGUAUCGAGCAGAUGGUGAACUAGUAGUCUCAUGUAACCAUUCAAAUUCUAUGUGUAUUACGGAUGAGAAAUUCACUGGCCAGUACACUGGCGUGAUCGAUUCACCUGUUCAAGAAAGGUUGAUAAUAGAGUCGUUUAACCCAGGAACUGAUGCCGGUCAAUGGGUCUGCAAGGAUAUGCACCCCAUAGCAUCACUGUCUACAUGUAAGAAGUAUACAAGAUCGGUUGACUAUUCUUUCAUUAAAUAUCGGGAUUCCUAUUUACCUCCUGCUGCAGCAAAGGGUGGUGCCUGUGUCCAUGUAGCAUCAACUUCUAUGGUUAUUUCCUGGAUCGUUUCCAUACUAGCCGGGAACGUACAGACCACUACCUCCGUGUAUGAGCCCUGAAGACAGUGUUCACUGGAUCAUAUUAUAAAAAAAAACUGCAGAUCACUACUACUUCAGUAUAUUUCAACUAACUCAUCUCUGAAGAUACUGUUGACUUGAUUAUAUUAUACAAACUGUAGAUCACUACUACUUCAGUAUAUUUCAACUAACUCAUCUCUGAAGAUACUGUUGACUUGAUUAUAUUAUACAAACUGUAGAUCACUACUUAAUGUAUUUCAACUAACACAUUUCUGAAGAUACUGUUCACUUGAUUACAUUAU